GACCCCAUAGCGGAAGCAUUUGGAGUCAAAAUCGAAAACCCUAAAAAAGAAAAGUAUUCCGGCAUGGAAGAAAGUUUCAGCGUUCGAGUAGGCAAAACCUUCGAUAUUCUGGGCGGAGCAUCAUCGGCGGCGAGGGUUCCUUGUUCGUCUUCUCUGGGCUCGCUGUGGUCCCUAACAGGUGAGGAAAUCGAAAAGAGAGAAUGGAACAGGGACAAGGGAAGCUCCGAACCCGGAAAUCGAACAAUGAUUUUUACGGUAGCGAGCUGGAGAAGGACCUUCUGGACCUUGACGACGACGACGACGUGGAACCUGCUAAGCUGAAGCCUAUGCCCCAAGGUUAUAACGAGGAGCAGUGGGAAAUUAAAAUUUGCAUUGGCUUGGACUCUACUCUCGACCACGAGGAAGAGCAAGAUGAAUUCGACCAACUGGCUAUUGAGAACGGAAAUGAUGGAGAUCGCUUUUAUAUGAAGGAUGUCAAUGACUAUCCCAUAGACAUUGAUUCUCAAUACGAGGUUCCCAGUUCCUUGAAGGAUUUCACCAGAGACCCACGCGCCAAUCACCAAGCAGCUGAGCUUAGAAUCAAACAGGAUGCACAAGCAGCUGCUCUCAGCCAUGUUUCUGGUACUAUGGAUGACGAACACAUCACGUCUGAAGAUGCUAUCAACCUAAAAUCAAUUUUGAAAAGAAAGGACGAUGACCAGCUAGGCGAUUCUAAGUCACAAAAGAGAGUUCGGUUCGACCCUGACUGUAAAGAUGAUUGCGAUCAAGAGCCUGAUCAUGUCUCUGCAGUUCCAGAUUACGUACGCAAUCCAUCAAGAUAUACACAUUAUACAUUUGAUUCUUCAACUGCCAUGGACGAGGAAGCUAAUAUCCAAGCCUAUAUGGAUUUCCACAAUCUUUUGCGCAAGUCACAUACUAUGGAAGCAGAAGCACCCUGGGAUUUUUCAAAACCAGUCGUAUUCACACCAAAAAAGAAAUCAACUGAUGCCACAAUGCUAGAAAGUGACGUGGAGUUGGAGAGACCAGUAGGUGCCAGUAAAAAAUCUUCGCCUUACAAAGUCAUGCCAAUUGCUAUUGCAGCCGAGGAUCACGGAGCCGGUGAUGUGUGUGCAAUGGACGAAGAUGAACCGGAGACAGAAAGCAGAGGAAGAACAAGUUUCCAGAGGAUUGGCCGCCAGUUUCGUACAAGAACCAGUUUAGAGUUGGAUGAGUAAUUUGUUACAUUAAUGAUUGGCAUGUGAAAUUUCAAAGGGAUAUGAUGAUGCCUUCCUUAGUGUUGUAUUGAUGUAUUUGCCUCUA